GCCCGCCUCCUUUGGCGUCCGGUUCGCUCCCCGCUCCUGCAGUCACUGGGUUCCGGGGAAGGCACGUGCGCUGCUGAAUGGAGCUGUUGGCGGGCAGCUACGAGCAGGUCCUGUUCGGGUUUACAGUCCACCCGGAGCCCGCGACGAGGGGCGACCAUCAGAAAUGGACUCCUGUGGCUGACUUCACUCACCAUGCCCACACUGCCUCCUUGUCAGCAGUGGCUGUGAACAGUCGCUUUGUAGUCACUGGGAGCAAAGAUGAAACAAUUCACAUUUAUGACAUGAAAAAGAAGAUAGAACAUGGGGCUCUGGUACAUCACAAUGGCACAAUCACUUGUCUGAGAUUCUAUGGCACCAGGCACUUAAUCAGUGGAGCGGAAGAUGGACUCAUCUGUGUCUGGGAUGCAAAGAAAUGGGAAUGCCUGAAGUCCAUUAAAGCCCACAAAGGACAUGUGACGUUCCUUUCUAUUCAUCCAUCUGGCAAGUUGGCCCUGUCCGUUGGUACUGAUAAGACAUUAAGAACGUGGAAUCUUGUGGAGGGAAGAUCAGCUUUCAUAAAAAAUAUAAAGCAAAAUGCUCACAUAGUGGAAUGGUCCCCAAGUGGAGAGAAGUACGUAGUUGUUCUACUGAAUAGAAUAGAUGUGUAUCACCUCGACACUGCGUCUGUCAGUGGCACCAUCACAAAUGAAAAGAGGAUUUCUUCUGUUACAUUUCUCUCAGAUUCUGUCCUUGCAGUGGCUGGUGACGAAGAAGUUGUAAGGUUUUUUGACUGUGAUUCACUGGUGUGCCUCUGUGAAUUUAAAGCUCAUGAAAACAGGGUAAAAGGCAUGUUCAGUUUUGAAGUUCCAGAGCAUCAUGUUCUUGUCACAGCAUCGAAUGAUGGUUUCAUUAAGAUGUGGAAGCUUAAGCUGGAUAAGAAAGUUCCCCCGUCUUUGCUGUGUGAAGUGAACACUGGUGCCAGGCUGACCUGUCUUGGAGUAUGGUUAGACAGAGUGACAGAUGCAAAAAAGAGCCUUCCUUCAACAGCGCCCUUUCCAGUAAGUAAAGAACGAGCCAGAACGAACAAAACAGAAUGUGGCAACAUGGUGCAGGAAGAGGGAACGCCAGAGCCUGGCUCAAAGAAACCUGCUUCAACUGGUGACCGUGAGAAGCCAGCCAAGGGAGCUCGCUUGGUGCCAGCCAAGAGGAGGAGAACAACGGCACUGCUGGAAAAGAAGAAGAAAAGGAAAAUGCAGCUCACGUGACAAACGUCAGAUUUCUCCCCAAGAGAAUGCCUUCUUGACAGCACACUCCUUUUCCAGUGUUACACUUUACCUUUCUGAGUAACAAAAGGAAUUUCUUCUGGAGAAGAUGUACAGCUUUUUUUCUUAAAAAAAAAAAAAAACAGACUUUUAGGUGGUGGUUUUUAUUUUAGUUUAAAAAAA